AUGUGGGAAGUGGAAGUCUCGAACAGAGAAAUAAAGAGUGAGUUGACUAAGACUGUGAAUGCCACUAGAACGUAUUGGGCGAGAAAAUUUAAUAAUGCACUUUGGGCUUAUCGAAUGACUUUCAAAACUCCAAUCGGCAUGUCUCCAUACACGUUGGUGUUUGGGAAAGCAUGUCAUUUACCGGUGGAGUUGGAGCAUAGAGCUUGGUGGGUGUUGAGACAGUUGAAUCUCGAUAUUGAUGUUGCGAGAGCAAGUAGAGUCACGGAGUUGCACGAGCUUGAUGAGUUUUUCUAUCACGCUUUUGAGAGCACUAGAUUAUACAAGGAGAAAAUGAAGAUGAUACAUGAUAAAAAUAUUAUUGAGAGGAUUUAUAAACCCGAAGAUACGGUAUUGCUAUACAACUCAAGACUGAGGCUAUUUUCUGGAAAAUUAAAGCCACGAUGGUCAGGGCCUUUUCAUGUGGUUGAAAUUCACCCCACGGGUGCCGUAGAGAUUGCUACGGAUAAUGACUCUCGCACGUUUAGAGUCAAUGUCCACAGAUUAAAACAUUAUGUGGGCAUGGAUGAAGCAAAGGUAGUGUCAGUGACCCAUUUGAUCGAGCCUCCGAUGUUGAAUGCACCGUAA